AAAACAAACAAACGGGGGAGAGGAUAUGAAAUCAUUGACUCAGAGACAAAAAGGUAAAGCAGCAGAGGAGAUGGAGAAACAAAGGGUUUGUGUAACUGGCGCUGGAGGUUUUCUAGCCUCUUGGGUUAUCAAGUUUCUCCUCUCUAAAGGCUACACUGUUCACGGAACCGUUAGAGAUCCAAGUGAUGAAAAGCACGCUCAUUUGAACAAUCUGGAGAACGCCGCGGAUAAUCUACAGCUCUUCAAGGCAGAUUUGCUGGACUACAACAGCCUCUGUGCUGCAAUUGCAGGAUGCAGCGGUGUUCUUCAUGUUGCCAGUCCAUGUACAACUCCUGUGGCCGAUCCUAUGGUUGAACUGAUUGAGCCUGCUGUCAAGGGUACGCUUAAUGUACUGAAGGCGUGUACUGAGGCCAAAGUGAAGAGGGUUGUGGCUGUGUCAUCUCGUGCUGCUGCUAUUUGGAACCCUAGUUGGCCAAUUGAUCAACCCAUUGAUGAGUCGUGUUGGUCUGACAAGGAAUACUUGAAUACCAUUAAGAAUUGGUAUGCCCUCUCCAAAACAGAUGCAGAAAGUGAGGCUUGGGAGUAUGCAAAGAAGACCGGGCUCGAUGUGGUAACAAUACUUCCAUCACUUAUCAUCGGGCCAAUGCUGCAGUCUACGAUGAAUGCAAGUACCUUAACUCUCGUCAAGAUUAUAAAAGAUGAAGCUGAGGAAAUGGUUAACAAUGACCUUAGGAUUGUGGAUGUUCGUGAUGUGGUUGCGGCAAUACUGAUGGCAUAUGAGAAGCCCGAAGCAAAAGGAAGAUAUAUCUGUUCUGCACAUAAUGCCACAACACAAGAUUUGGUUGACAAGCUCAAGACUAUGUAUCCAAUGUCUCAUAAUCCCAAGAAAAUUACUAAAGGGGAAGAUAAGCACAAGCUAAGUUCUGAAAAGUUGCAGAAGUUGGGAUGGACAUACAUACCGCUCGAGAAAAGCCUCGCUGACUCUGUUAAAUGCUACAAAGAGAAGGGUAUCUUGCUUUGAGGUACAAACAUGUUCAAAAGUGGGACGGAUGCUCUAUGUAGUAUCUCAAUAAAAAGAUAUCAUAUCUUACUGCUUUGUAAAAAUAGUAGUUUCUAGGCUUACUAUAUAUCUUGGUAUGUUCUGGUUUUUGCCUUAAAAGAAGAAUUAAUUAUAUUGAACAGCCUGGGAUAAUGAAGUUGUGAGUGAUUGAAAGGAUACUACCAGUUUUUUUAAUGAAACAAACCUGCCAGUAUUUAUGGUUGUAGGCCUUCCAGUUA